AUGCAGCGUUUUCUUCAGUUAUCUGCAAACAGCUUGAAGAGAAGGUCGUGUGAUGUGUUCAUCAACCAUCGAUGCGUAGAUACAAGAAGAACCAUUUCAGGAUUGCUGUAUGAUCAUUUGCAUCGUCUGGGUCUAAACCCUUUUCUGGAUACCAAGACCAUGAAGCCUGGAGAUAAGCUCUUUAACGAAAUUGAUUCCGCCAUUAUCAACUGCAAGCUUGGAAUCUCUGUGUUUUCGCCUAACUAUUGUGAUUCUUACUUCUGUCUCCAUGAGCUCGCGCUUCUCAUGGAAUCCAAGAAGAAAGUUAUUCCGAUCUUCUGCGAUGUCAAGCCGUCGGAAUUGUCCGUCCGGGACGACGGAACUUGCAGUGCGGAUGACCUCCGGAGGUUUACCUGGGCUCUGGAACAGGCUAAAUACACCGUCGGAGUCACAUUUGAUACUUCUCAAGGGGAUUGGGCGAAUUUCUUGGCUACAACUACGGAUGCAGUGACAAGAAAUUUCUUGGAGCUUCACGGAAUGAAAGCCGAAAGGAACAAGAUUUUUCUUAUUCGGAAAUUAGAUCAUUUCCUGCAUUCAUCAAGGAAAUGA